AUGUCCACCAAAACUCAAUCUCGCGGAUCCUCACCCAGCAUGUCUGCUCGACCCAAACUCAUGAGAGCACAUGCCACAGCGCCUUCCCUCGUCACCGGCAAUGCCUCGCGUAAGGAUCUCGCUACGCUCCAUGCUUCGACCAAAGCGGCGUCGAUUCUCACGAGGGUGGCUAGCUACUCGGCUCAGCAAGAUCACAUGAAUGGAGGAAGCUCGAGGAGAGAUAGCGGCAGUGCGUAUUCGACGCCUGGGAAUCGCAGUCCUCGAAGUCCGGAGAGCGGCAGCGGAUUGGCCAGGAGCUCAGCGGGCUACUUUAGCUUUCCCUCGUUUGAAGAUUUUCAAGGAUACCAAGAACCAAAUGAGAGGAUGGAACGAAAGAGCGUCUCGUGAGAGGCUCUUCACAAAUCACUUGCUUGGAUAGUCAGGAUGGGGAAAAGAGAUGGAGAAAAAAAAUAAAGUACAUAAGUGGGACGAGACGAUCGUCCUUCAUCAUCAUCAUCAUCAUCAUCAUCAUCAU